UUGUGAUUCAUUGAAAUGUCGCUGUUUGAGUUCGCGGGUCGUCAAGAUCCGUGUGUUCAGGCUCUGCUGUGGGAUCUCCGCGCUCCAGAGAGGGACACGGGUUGUUACCGGCUGUGAGCCGCUUCCACGUGCACCGUCCAGGUGUGGAUACGGGCGGACGUUAGGGGGCAGUGUCACGAAAACCCAGCGUCCGAGAAAUGCGUUCCUGAAACUACAGCGUCCGGUGUUGCAGUAAAAUCUCAACGAUGUUAAUAAAGCUGGUUUAAAAAGGUGGAGUCAAAAAAGAAAGAAGUCGUCUUCCGGGUUGAGGUGUAGUUUGCAGUCGCGGUAUUUUCCAUCCAUCAGUCCAACCACCGUGCAGAGUGAAGCGAACAACCCCGUGUCUGGGAGAGCAUGGACGAAAUUCCGCAGCCGAAGUCUGCUCACAUGGACGGGGGGAAGAUGUGCCCAGGAGAUGCAACGGCUGACACAGGGCCCAGCUGUAUAACAAAGAAGAGAGAUGACUACUUAGAAUGGCCAGAGUACUUUAUGGCUGUAGCUUUUCUCUCAGCCCAAAGGAGCAAAGACCCAAGUUCGCAGGUUGGGGCAUGUAUAGUGAACCAGGAGAAUAAGAUAGUUGGCAUUGGUUACAAUGGUAUGCCAAAUGGCUGUGAUGAUGACCUACUGCCAUGGUCCCGGUCUGCUGCUGAUCGACUCGACACAAAAUACCCUUAUGUGUGCCAUGCAGAGCUGAAUGCCAUAAUGAACAAAAAUAGCGCUGACGUGAAAGGCUGCACCAUGUAUGUGGCUUUGUUCCCCUGCAAUGAGUGUGCCAAGCUCAUCAUCCAGGCUGGUAUUAGGGAAGUGAUCUUUCUGUCAGACAAGUAUCAUGACACGCCGGAGAUGACUGCUUCCAGAAGGCUGCUCAGUAUGGCAGACAUUCAGUGCAGGCAGUUCAAGCCCAAGAAGACUGAGAUUGUCAUUGAUUUUAAUUCCAUCAACCACCCUAGAAUGCCAAACAGCUCACCACAAGAAGCUGCUAAAUGAGGCGGGGAGGCAGAAGAAACUCUCAAGAUUAGAAUGGACUUUUUUAAAAGAUUUUUUUAGCAAUAUAAGGACUUUGAAUGAGUUCCGUGUUUGAGUUUUAUCUCUUUUGUGUUGUCAACCAGUUUUUUUUUAUAGUAAUCUGCUCAAGGAAUACUUGAAAUGUGUUUCUAUCCUCCUUCAAACAGGUUUGCUAUUAGUCAAAAGUAGUCUUGAUAUUCAGUUCAUUUGAUCUUUCACUAUGACAGAGGAAACUGCCCAAUAAAUCAGACUUUUCCGUCAAAAUUUGGGAGCUGUUUUAAUAUAUCUGGGCUAAAAAUGUGGAUUUCCAUUAUGCAGGGAUUUUUUCCUUAAGCUAGCACAGUUUAAACUUUGGUUCAUUAAAACCAGUUUGCAAAAAGUU